AUGGCGAAUUUGGACUUACGCGUCGCCGAUAAGUAUCGGCUGCGAGAGAAGAUCGGUGGUGGCAGUUUCGGCGCUGUCUACAUAGGAACCCAUGUCGACUCCGGUGAGGAGGUUGCCAUCAAACUUGAACACAUCUCCGUCGAUCCUUCCUUCCUCGAAUGUGAAGCUGAUAUCUACCGAUCGCUUUCUGGUGGUGCCGGUAUUCCACGAGUGCACGCCUAUGUGACCGAGUGCGAAUAUAACGCCAUGGUAUUCGACCUCUUGGGUCCGAGUUUGGAAGACCUGUUCAAUUUCUGCGGUCGCAAAUUUUCUCUCAAGACAGUCUUGAUGCUCGUCGACCAACUCCUUUGUCGUCUGGAGUAUAUCCAUGCCCACGAUGUCAUCCAUCGAGACAUCAAGCCGGAGAACUGCUUGAUGGGCGUGGGGAAGCAGGGAAACCAGGUUUAUGUGACCGACUUGGGUCUCGCGACGGAACGACGUCCUGCCCAGGCGGACGCCAACACUGGUCGUUCUCUGCGUCCCAGCUUGGUUGGCACAGCACGUUUUGCCAGCGUCAACGGCCAUUUAGGUGUUGUACAACAUCGCUGCGACGACUUAGAAUCUCUCGGAUAUAUGCUUCUCUACUUCAUUCGGCCCUCUCUUCCCUGGCAAGGUCUCAAGGCCGCGAAUCAUGAGCAAAGGGAGGAGCUUAUUUUGGAGAAGAAGCAGACGAUCAGUGUUGAAGAAUUGUGUGAGGGCCUGCCUCGGGCGUUCGCGGCUUAUUUUGACUACAUCCGCUCCCUGGGAUUUGACGAUAAACCUAAGUAUUCCUAUCUGCGCAAAAUCUUCCGUGAUCUCUUCGUACGCGAGGGUUUCAAUCACGAUAAUGUGUUUGAUUGGACUAUCCUCAAAUAUCUGCAGACUACAGAAUAA